UGACGUGCCUAUAAGAAACUAUUAACGGGAUUUGGGUCAGAGAACGUGUUCGUCUUCAACCCCGCCUCGGUCUCCCCUCCUCUAAUCUCUCCCUCACUCUUCUCAUCUUUGGCUGCCCUAAAUCAUUCGCCAUGGAGUCCCCUGAGCUGCACGGCGACUCCUCUCCCGAAGAUCCCCCUCGGCGAUCACAGCGCCCUCGAUCUCCGAUUCUUGAUGAUAAGGAAAAACAUACGCAUGUGAGACUUCUUGUGUCGAAUGCUAUGGCUGGGAGCAUCAUUGGCAAGGGCGGAUCAACAAUUAAUGACUUCCAGACACAAUCUGCUGCCCGUAUUCAGCUAUCCCGUAACCAUGAGAUAUUUCCAGGAACAUCAGAUAGAAUAAUAUUGAUUUCUGGAACAUUUGAUGAAGUUUUGAAGGCUACAGAACUAAUACUGGAGAAAAUACUGAGUGAGGUAGAAGAUGGUAAUGAUGUUGAAGGAAGAACAAAAGUCAAACUCAUCGUUCCUAACAGCUCAUGCGGUGCUAUUAUUGGGAAAGGAGGGUCAACUAUAAAGUCUUUUAUUGAGGAAUCCCGAGCUGGGAUUAAGAUAUCACCUCAGGAUGAUAACUCUGGCCUAAAUGAUAGGCUGGUUACCUUGGCAGGAUCUUUUGAGGAGCAAAUGCAUGCUAUCUUUCUGAUAUUGUCAAAAUUAAUUGAAGAUCCUCACUAUCCACAAAAAGUAAAUUCACCUUUUACAUAUUCAGGCCUUCCUAGUAAUCCUGUUGGAUAUAUGAUUCCUUCUGCCGGAUACAAUCAUGUGAAUUAUGGACUAAAUGGUGUUGGAGGAAAAUAUCCAAAUAACAAGCAGGGUAUGGCAUCUCCUGCGAUCCUGGCAAGGACUUCUGGUGGGACAAAAGAAGGCCUGAAAAACUCAGUCACAAUUGGCGUUGCAGAUGAGCAUAUUGGAGCUGUUGUUGGACGAGCAGGGAAGAACAUAACGGAGAUAAGUCAGGUUAGUGGAGCUAGGAUCAAGAUUUCAGAUAGAGGCGAUUUCAUUGCUGGCACUUCAGAGAGAAAUAUGUAUAGGAAAGUAACGAUAACGGGAUCACCAGAAGCAAUCCGUGUGGCAGAGGCUAUGAUUAUGCAAAAGGUUUCAGCUUCAGCCAAUUCAGAAACAUGAUUUUGGUUGCUCAAUGCUGCGGAGUAUCCAGAUGACCGUAGCUGCUUCCAUGCGAGAUAAUAUAACUCAGAAUACUGGAUAUUGCUAGGAGAUCAGAUAUUGGAAAACGUGCAUUCCUCUCAAUACAAAUGAAGGAAAAAAUAAUAAUAUUUUUCUUGUACUAGAGGUGAGAUUUUUUGUUGCAGUAUCAUUAGGUGGAGAAUAGCUGUUGUAUUUUCAAGAAUCUCUCCAGUAUGACAAGUCUUCCAUUAAUUCACCAUUAAACCUUUAAAACUUGAA